UUCUUCAUCCUUCCAAUUGCCCUCCCAUCUUCACGUUCUGCACUGUAAUGUAAAUUAUUUUCCUUUGUUUAGUUUCUAUAGAGAUGCCUAACAUUGCAAUUCCUUUGAUCGGAAUCCGAAUCUGAAUCCGAAGCGAUGGGUCGAGGGAUCUAUCAUUAGGCGAUACCAAUCCCAUAAGCAUAUUUGUAUUUUACUUUCAUGUACAUAUGCGUCUCCCUUCUUAGUCUGGAUCUUUCCUCUUUCGGAGAUUUUUCGGCGAGAAGGAAGAUACACUUUAUUGUGAAUUUGUAUAUUUUUUUAAUUUUUGUGUGAUUUUUUUUGGAGAUCUGAAUUUUGAUUUGUGGAGGAUGAUGAGAAAAUCAGACGGAUUCCCUGUGAGGUUAUACAGUGAUCACUCAAUCAGCUACUUCUGACUCCUUUUACUUGUGUAUGUUAUUUAUUAUAUAUAUUUUUGAUUUGGAAGAAUUUGAAUGGGAUCAAUGGAGGCCUGUGAUGUUAUAAGUAUUUGCUACUCUUGAUGGGAAAUCCUAUCUGAUGAUAUCUUACCACCAAGAUCUCUGAGGCCUUCAGUAUUGUGAUUAUCUUUAAGUUUUUCUUGAGCUUGGUCAUUGGAUAUAUACAUUCUUUUGAAUCUUUUACAAUUUCAAGAAUUCUGAGUGAAAGUAAAUUGGAGAUUGGAAUUUGAAUUCUAGAUUACGAUUCCUCCAUUAAUUAUAUGAAUGAAAUACAGUAAUUAAAUGUAAUUUACUUUCAUGAGAGUUGAUAUUAUAAUUAAGAGUUGGAGAGGACUCACAGAAGACCAUGGUCAGUACACACAGGAGACCAUUGUUUCUGUAGGACAAACUUGCGGCUGGAUGAUUGGUCAAUUGUUUCUGCAUUCGUUGUCGUUCCCAGGUUGCCAUUGCAUUACUGUAUCCUCUGCGUUUGCCUUUGCGAGCAGUGCUCCUCUGAAAAUUGGAUUUUGGGAUUCUAUGGCGGUGUUUAACCUGCUGCUGCUGAACUUAGGUGGUGCUGGAUUCGGUUUACUUUAAAUAUAAUGUGAUUAAUUUUUUUUAAAAAAGUAAAUACUUCGUCCGUUCCAAAUUAGAGAGUAAUAAAUAUUAAAAAUUUCACCAUUCUAAAUACGGAGUAUAUGAAAAGUUUUUGUGAGCUCAGAAUAGUACUUUGUUAUAUUGUUUUUGAAUAUUUUCCGCUAAACAUAUUUAUCGUUUUACUAAUAGACCUCUCCAUCAUAGGCAUGGAGGAAGAAUUGAACUUCCAAGCUUUUAGUUAGGUGGUUGGUUUGUAUAUUUAUCAAAUAUCUAAUGAAAAUAAGUAAAAAUGUGGUUAAAGUUUGACCGAGUGAAAAGUAAGUGACUUAAAUUCUUACUUUUUUCAAAAUUUUUUCACAUUAAAUUUGUAAUUGUAGCAUUAGACAUUAAUAAAAAAGCAAAAGGCAGUUA